AUGUCCAGUUCCCGCCUCAUUUUCGCAAUCACCACGAGUCCCUGUCGCUUCCCCUUCUCACACACCCUCCCUCCCCUCCCUCCCCUCCCUUUUCUUUUGACUCCUAACUUCCCUUUCCGCUCUUCUCCCCAUUCUCCCCCAUUUUUAUCAAACCCACCCUUCACCUCCUGUCCCCUCCAUUUUUCGGGCCUUCCUCCUCCCCAUCCGCUCUUUCUCCAGAUUCGCAUUUCCUCCUCCCCCUUCCGCCCAUCAUCCCCUGCUCCCCCUUCCGCCCAUCAUCCCCGUCCAACCCACGCCUUCCCACCCUCUAACCCGCUCCCACCCUCCCUCCCCACACACCACACCCCACCUUCCCCCCACCUUCCCCCCAUCCCCCUCCCUCCUGUUUUUCCUCAGAUCCCGCGUCCCUUCUCCGCCUUCCGCGCAUCAUCCCCGUCCGACCCGCCUCUUGAUCCAACUCUCAUCUCUUCCCUCGCCCUGCGAUACGAGCAGCGUCGCGCGGUGAGUUGCGUGAUGCUGUGGAAUGGUGCUAACAAAUCCUGGGGGGUAGAAUGGAGUAACCAACCGCUUGAUCCCACUCUCAUCUCUUCCCUCGCUCUGCGAUACGAGCAGCGUCCGCGCGCUCUCCCUCUCUUCACCCCACUCUCCCUCUCUUCACCCACUCUCCCUCUCUUCACCACACUCUACCCCUCUUCACCGCUCUCUUCUCCUCUUUCUCCCUUCACUUCACCAGAAACCAUCCGUGGGAGCGCCCCUGCUCCGGGCCGGGCGGCAUCCAAGGCCGGCGCAGAAGGGGACAACGCCGCCGCCCCUGCCGACCCAAACAGCUUCAAGCUCGCUCUGCAAUACGUUAAGGCCUUUCCUUGCAGGGAGGAGAGGAGAACGGACUUUGUGCUGGUGUCAUGCUCGGGAGCAGGAGUGCCGGAGGAGAGGAGAGAGACAGUUGUCAAGGCCAAAUGGGCCCCUGCUGGGGGAGCCGAUGGUUCAGAAGGCUCUGGUCUGGUCUGGUGUUCGACCACAGGAAUAGAAUUACCCAGGGCAUCAGCUGUGCUUACGUCCCUCCCCUCACCCCUCACCCCUCCUUGCCUUACCCAUCGUCCCCCCCAACACACACACAUCAGGGCAUCAGCUGUGCUUACGUCCCUCCCUCACCCCUCACCCCUCCUUGCCUUACCCAUCGUCCCCCAAACACGCACACAUCAGGGCAUCAGCUGUGCUGACGUGGCAGACGUGUGUGUGAAGGCUCUACACGAUCCGACGGCCCGUAACAAGAGCUUUGAUGUGGCACAUUUACCUGAUCGAGCCAACAACUACCUCACACCUGCCCUCGCGCAGCUGGAAAAGAACACUUGA